GUUUUUGAGCAGCAGCAGCAUCGAUUAGAAGAACAAACAAAGAAUAAAAGAGCAAGAGAAGAUGUCGCGGGUUUUGUUAAUACCGGAGAUUGAGUCGUCAGCAGCACAGAAGAGCUCGAUAAUAACACUACCACAUCCAGCAACCUCGCAACCGACGCGCUUCCUCUUCACGCAACCCCAAUGCCACCUCUCCGAGCUCACGAGCGUGACCAGCGACGACCCAUGCUCCACCAUUCUCUCUACUUCAGACGACGACGACAGCGAGCAGACAAGAGGAAGCAUAAUUUCCUCCGGCGAGAUCAUUGUCGCGACGGCGGUGAGCCCGCUGUUUUUGCUGCUGCCCGCGCUGGCUAAACAUGCGCAGCAGUAUCGCACGUGGGAGGAUCUGUCCGACACGCUUGUGUCGUCUGCGGCAGGGUUUACGGUCCUCUUACCCACGCUCGAGCGGUACCUCGCAGGGAUCACAGACACGACCGAGCCCGCGCCAGGGAUGGUGUGCUACCGGCUCAACAAGGACAAGCUAUUUACGAAACUGGACGGGCUCGCGACAGAGAUGGGGAGUCGGUUGCCGACUGCGGUGGCGCGGAAUGAGGUCGGGCGGGUGCUACAGCGUGCGCGAGCGAGUGACGAGCGCGCGCCAGAGGAGAUGUACGCGCGCGCGAGGAAGGGGGUCGCGGUGCGGGUGCUGUGCGCGCGGUUUGUGUGUGCAGAGUUGGCGCGUGAGUUUGAGGCGCGGGUGGCGGAUGACGGGGAGUUGGCGGGGUACAUUUCGAGACUGAAGAAGGAGCGGGAGGAGGAGAUGGAGAGACACCAGAUGCUGUCGAGCAGUGUGGGCGGGAAGCGGACGCGGUUUGAGGCCGAGGACGACGAGGUGCGGAAGGGGAAGGGGACGAAGGCGAAGAAGGCGGCAGUUGGGGCCGGGGUGCGACGGUUGAUGAAGGCGGAUAGAAGUGGGAUGAGCAGGCUGGAUACGUUUUUCAAGAAGAAGUAGUAGUUAGAGGAGGAGAAGAUUUACAGAAUUCCCGAUUGGGAAGGGAAAUAAAUUAAAUGACUCUUAUUCUCUG